UGUGGGCAGUGGGUGAGGGGCCCAGGUUCCUGAGCCAGUACACCCAGGGAACGAAGAGCGAGCACCAUGUUGAAGCUACCAUUGCCUCUCGGAUCCCUCUUUUUCCUGCAGCUGCCUCUGCUGGGGAUGGAGCUGACCCCAACGGUCCCCGUGCCCAGUAGGAAUGAAGACAUCACAACUGAUUUCUUCCUGGCCUCUACACCUUGUGAGACCCUCAGUGUUUCCACCCUGCCCCUCCCAGAGGUUCAGUGUUUUGUGUUCAAUGUCGAGUACAUGAAUUGCACUUGGAACAGCAGCUCUGAGCCCCAGCCCACCAACCUGACUCUGCACUAUUGGUACAAGAACUCUGACUAUGACAAAGUCCAGGAGUGUGGCCACUAUCUAUUCUCUUCAGAGAUCACUUCUGGCUGUCAGCUGCAAAAUGAGGAGAUCCAUCUCUACCAAACAUUUGUUGUCCAGCUCCAGGACCCACGGGAACCUAGCAGGCAGGCCACAAGGAAGCUAAAACUUCAGGAUCUGGUGAUCCCCUGGGCACCGGAGAACCUAACACUUCGCAGCCUUGGUGAGUCCCAGCUGGAGCUGAGGUGGAGCAGUAACUUGAACAAUAACUUGAACCACUGUUUGGAGCACCUGGUGCAGUACCGGAGUGACCGGGACCGCAGCUGGACUGAACAAUUAGUAGGCCAAAGCCCAAGCUUCACCCUGCCUAGUGUGGAUGGGCAGAAACUCUACACAUUCCGUGUUCGGAGCCGCUAUAACCCACUCUGUGGAAGCUCUCAGCACUGGAGUGAAUGGAGCCACCCGACCCACUGGGGCAGCCAUACUUCAAAGGACAGCCUGAUGUUCUUUGCACUGGAGGCCAUGCUCAUCCCCCUUGGUUCCAUGGGACUUGUCAUUAGCCUCAUCUGUGUGUACUGCUGGCUGGAACGGACGAUGCCCCGAAUUCCUACCCUGAAGAACCUAGAAGAUCUGGUUACUGAAUACCACGGGAACUUUUCGGCCUGGAGUGGUGUGUCUAAGGGAUUGGCGGAGAGCCUGCAGCCAGACUACAGUGAACGGCUCUGCCACGUCAGUGAGAUUCCCCCCAAAGGAGGGGCUCUAGGGGAGGGACCUGAGGGUUCCCCCAGCAGCCAGCAUAGCCCUUAUUGGGCUCCCCCAUGUUAUACCCUGAAACCUGAAACCUGAGCGCUGAUAACCUGACAGAAAACCCCAGGGCCCUAAACCCUACCUUCCCCUUGUCCCACUAGCCUGGAUCCAAUGCUUGCCUUGCCACCCUGCGGCUGGUUUUGAAUUGUGUUCCCCCUAUAUCUGCCCUCUUAUUCAAUACCUCCUCCUUGUGAAUUGCCCCUUUGACCUGUACAUGUUUCUCCCUCCCUCUUUCCAUCCAUCCUUCAAUUGUUCCCAAAUCAG